CACAAAACUUGCUUCUAACGAGUGAACGCUGCGGCGUGCAUGGCGGCUCGCCCCGAAAUGAUGAUGUGAAGUCACUUGGGCGGUGGGAAGGAUGCUGAGCGAAGCUGCGGGAGGACCUUCGAGCCGAGACCACCUAAGGCCUCUUGGACUGUGAGAGUGUGAGAAGGAGCACCAUGGAGAGCCUCAGUGAGCUCCAGAAUCCUCUUCUGGACAGAAGCAGCGAGCGUCUGGUCCAGGGUUACCAUAGCGACUACCCAAGCCAGCAGCAGCACCAGGACGGCCUCGCGGGCUACGGCUACAGCGGGAGCCACGACCAGCACAAGUCUCAGCAGUUCCUGGACGCCACCUCGCUGCAUCUGGCGGUGGAGGCCUUCUACAAGCCCGACCUCAUCCUGUGCAAAGACGACGUGAGCCUGCACAGCAAAGACUCCAAAAGCGAGAGCUUUGAGACCACCUUCACCGAGAAUAAGAACACGGCGCCGGGUGAAGACUGCGCAGAGAACCAACCGGGCAGCACGCAAGGGGAGAAGGACGUGAAGGUCCAGACGGUGUCAUAUGAGGUGGAGGACGAGCAGGCUCCGGAGUAUGAGAGCGACAGCUCAAGUGAGAGCGAGAGCGAGGACAACUUCCUGGUGCUUCCUCCUCGGGACUACCUGGGCCUCACCAUCUUCUCCAUGCUCUGCUGCUUCUGGCCUUUGGGCAUCGUUGCCUUCUGCUACUCUCACAAGACCGGCAAGGCCAUCGCUAAAGGAGACUUCUCCGGAGCGGGAAUGAGCUCCAGGAGAGCCCUUUUCCUGGCUGCUCUUUCCAUUACCAUCGGCACAGGCAUGUACGUGGGGGUGGUGGUGGCCCUCAUCGCCUACCUGUCCAAGCCAGGACACGUAUAGCACCGACAAUAGAGGCGAACAGAUGGGAGGAGGAGGACAGACUUCAUUACUCGUGCGGGCCGCCGGAUGUCAGAGAAGAAGAACUGAAAGAAAGAUCAAAAAGCCAUGAAACUUUCCUAAGAGAAGAAAGGACACAGCCUCCUCCAUUAAGACAUCGUUCCCUACUUCAUUUAACAACGGAUUUAUUCCCUCUCGAUACUAUUGCCAAAUAGUUUUUAUAUUGUCCAGACUAGAAUAAAAAUAACUCAUUGUAGAUUGUCAUUGUGUAGACGAAGCUGCUGAGCAGUGGUCACUCGGGAUAUUUGUGUUUUUUUCUGUACUGCACACUGAACUAAAUAAAGAGUUUUGGCAUGAAUAAUGAA